AUGCAUUCGAGUGAUUUUUAUUAUUUUCCAAAACCAAAUGAUCAUAACUCUUGGCUAUCAUCAAUAUGCAACGUUGUUGAACGUUUCACUCAAAUUAAAAUACCAGCGGAAGAAAUAUUAGCGUACAUGAAAUCGAUAACAAUUAUAAAAUUAGAUAUUACACACUAUUAUGAUGAUUGCAGUAUUUGUUAUGAUCCAAUGUAUCAUACAAAUAGUGUAAUUACUACUUGUGGUCAUGUUUUUCAUAAAAAAUGUAUCGCCGAUUGGUUUUAUUACAGACAUACAUGUCCACGAUGUAUAGAACCUUGUGGAUUACAGCAAUUAUUAAAUUGGCUUCCAUCUCAACUGUCACUAAAACGUCCACAGGAACAGACUAAACGACAAAAAUGA